GAGAGGCGACGAAUAACGGAACUCACCGACAUCCAUGGAGCCGAUCACCGCAUCUCCGCUGCCCGCAUCUGCGUGUCCUCGUGCGGGGCGCGCAUGACUCCGUGCGUUAGGAGACGGACGCGGUGAUCGGUGUGGGGGUUUUCUUUUUUUGGGGUGGUGGUGGUGGUGGCGAAUCCACAGCGGUCCACCAUUGUUUGCGUAGAAAUAAGAAUGGCCUGGAUGUGGAAGAGGAAGUCGGUGAUCGCCACCAGUCUGAUCGUGGCGGUGUCGCUCUUCGUGGUCGUGGUGAACUACUCGGAGAAGCCUUACUUCCUCCUGCAGCCUGUGUUCGGUCAGACGUUCAGCAGCCACUGGAUGUUCUCCAAGCAGCCGUACAAGGCCUUCAAGCCUCACCUGGGCUACGUCAGCAUCCCCCAACAGACGCCCCUGAAGCUGCACUGUGAGCUCUGCAGCAUCGUGUCCAGCUCCGGCCAGAUGCUGGGCCAGGCCGCCGGCCCACAGAUCGAUCGCUCGCCCUGCAUCUGGCGGAUGAACAACGCUCCGACUCGGGGGUUCGAACACGACGUGGGCCGACGCACCACGCUGAGGGUCGUCUCCCACACCAGCGUCCCCCUGCUGCUGCAGAAGCCGCAGUACUUCUUCGGGCAGGGCAACGACACCAUCUACGUGGUGUGGGGGCCGCUGCGAAACAUGAGGAAGGACGGGAAGGGCAUCGUGUACAACAUGCUGCGGCAGGCUGCGGAGAACUACCCCCACGCACGCAUCUACGUCACCACGGAGGACAGGAUGAACUACUGCGACAUGGUCUUCAAGAAGGAGACGGGGAAAGACAGGAUCCAGUCCGGCUCCUACCUCAGCACCGGCUGGUUCACCCUCAUCCUCGCCAUGGACAUGUGCAAAGAGAUCCAUAUCUACGGCAUGAUAAAUGACACCUACUGCAAGACGGAGGGUUACAGGAAGGUUCCCUACCACUACUACGAGGCCGGCAGCCGGGACGAGUGCGCAGAGUACGUGCUCCACGAGAGCGCCCCCUACGGAGGACACCGCUUCAUCACUGAGAAAUCGGUGUUCGCCAAGUGGGCCAAGCCUCACGCCAUCAAGUUCUUCAACCCACCGUGGCAGCUGUCGUGACCCUGGCUGAAGCAGCAGGGAGAUACCACAUCUUCAUCAUCACCAUCGUCGUCAAAGACCAACUGAAUCUCGACACCGACAGAGAGCAAGUUUCCUAAUGUGCACAAAUAUCAAAUUCAGCACUUCGUUCACUCCAUAUCUUUCUCAAAACCUUUUGUUCAGGGCUGAUUGGUUUACGGUGGUGCCUCCUAAACCCAGCCACUUGUGUGUUUGACGGAUUUAAGGUCCGACAGAGAAAUCAUAUCUUCUGCUUCUUGAACAUUUAGUCCUUUUCUCCUGCAGCUGAGAGCUGGGGGAGGUGCACAGCGCACAGCUCUGCGCUGACUAAUCGAUCCAUUCGCUGCUCUGUGAGUUCAGCAAAGGAUGGCUCCAAGACUAACAAAAAAAAAGAAAAGAAAACCAGCAUGAAGAAGAAACAACCAUCCUUCAACUCGCAGUGCCCUCAGCAGCUCAGAUGUCCGCGGGCGCUGUACAUCGCAAAGGCCACAUUUACAUUUUCUUUCUGCAGGACGGUAGUGGAAGAGGAUCUGAGUCACGUCGGAGUCUGACGAGCUCGGCCGCUCCGUCUCCUCUGCGUGACGGCCUCCUGUCAGGCUGUAAUUAAUCUGUAACGAGUAUAAUUCAGGCCUUCAUCUCUGACUGAGGGAGUAUCGAAAGCAGAUUGUCUGUCAGUUUUCAUUCCCUCGGCUUCGUUUGAAGACGCUUCGACAAAACAAGGUCAUUUGAAAAAGAAAACACAAAGUGAGCAAAAAAAACUAAAAAUACAGAUUUCAGUCGUCCUCCAAAGGUGAAACAGAGGUGUGGAUGUAAAUCUGCUUUUUUAUAGUUUGGUUGUUACGCUGUGUCUCGACUCGCACAGCUUCAAGAUGUCAGCUUUUUUAUACAAUGCUGUGAAAUUGCAUUUCAAGAGACAUGUUUUGGCGUUUGCUUGAUGUCCAGAUGGUUUUUCUUAUUUAUUCCGCACCAGGGAUGAGUCCCCGGCGCUCGCUAAGUGAGCGUGCCACUGACAGAGCGAGCAUCACAGCAUAUAGAGCCACGUGCAAUUAGAAAGCCCAUCCUUACGGAGGGAGGAAAGUCAUUUGUGACCCAGCUGAGGGAGAGAUUAAUGUGUGCGGUGAAACCAUUCGAAGUUAAUUGUAUUGUAUUAUCAUUUUGUGCCUGUAAUAUACUCUGCAGUUUGUAUGGGGGGGCAGGAGAAGGUGUUCACACUCCGGUGUCUCGCUCGUCUCCUCGUCCAGCUUUGUGCCUCUUUGUGUACAGCAUCACCGCGCGAACACAUCCUCCCCUUUGUCUUUGGACACGGCGUGCGAGGCUCCCGCUCUCCGGCUGUUUUGCAUUUGAAAGCAUCUGUUCCAGGACAGUGAAGAAUCGUCGGUGAAGUGCUGAGGUGUGUAGGUUGUCUGGUGGCUGAGGUGGGCUGAGACGCUCGGGCUGCGUCCGUGACUCCCGCUCGUUCCUGUGAUUAGUGUCGCAGGACUUCUAAAUUAGGCGACGUGAUGACUGAGCUUCACCAUCUCGCUCGGCACUGUUUAACCAUCACACAUACAUUUCUCUGUAAGCACUGAUUUGUUGUUUAAAGGACAGAAGGUACGAAGCAUUGUGGGUAAAUUAAAACAUGAAGGUUCAUCUUUGACCUUGGAAACAAAUGUUUGACAAAAGUAUUUUUUCAAUUAAAAAAGUGACUCAAAUUUACCACUGGGCUGGAUUUAAUUACUGUUUUAGUUACACUGCACAUUCCAAAGUGAUCCAACCUACGCAGUGAGAUAUAUUGUUUACAAUCAGUUUUGACAUCUGAACAUAAUACUUGUCAGUGCAGAAAAAUAAAGUCGAAAAACAAGUGUCUUAAACAGAGCUGCUGAUAUUAAUUAAUGAAUUGAUCUUAUCUCCACUUUACCGAAUCUUCAUGGUUUUACAGAUGAAGUGGAAAACAAACUGGUUCAGUGCAGUUUCACUUUCUGAGUUUGUUUAUUUCCUACUUUUAAACGUUUAAAGCAAAUAUAGUUGGAACUGUUUUGUCAAACUGCUUUUUUCCUUCAUGUCAAGAUUGAACAUCUGCGUGCACUUUGCAGACGUUGUAAAAUUGCUAUGCAUGGAGCAUACAUAUCAAUAUGCAUCUCCAUGACAACUGUGCAAACUCCUCACAGAGACGCAAUGUAAAGACCCAGAUGAAGCUGCUCAGUUCAAACACUUCUUUCACAUUUAGCCCAAUUUUAGCUCCGACGUCUCGACGCACGUUGACCUGCACGUCACCGGAGUCGUGCUCGCGGGUGUUUUGUGUGUCUGCUGCAUAUUUAGAAACGUGUUUGACUUCUUUCCACAUCAAGAGCAGAAAAAAAUCUGUUUUUCUCCCGACAGAGCGACACAACCCCGCACGAUAGACUCUCCUACCAACUCAGAACUCAACACCCGUCCGUCCUGGUGUCACCUUGUCGCUCGCUAAGAGUCGACCUGGCUGACAAGAGCAUCAGCAAAAUGUAAAAACGUCCUGUUUUAAAUUCCUCCCCGGUGUCGCUCGGCAGAUCGGAGUUGGCCGUAACACAUCGCGGGGUCACGGGUCGGAUUUCCUCCGGGACGACGCACAAGCUGGAGAUGUAUUCAGCGUGAGCGGAUCAAAGUAUCCGACCACAUGAUGUAUGUAAAGCAGAAGCAUCUCGCAGAGUUAUUUUUCUCGUGUCCAGAAAGCCCGACGAUCCGAGCCGAGUCUCAGGGACGAGUUUGAGAUGAUACCUGGGAAGACUGGAGCGUGAGCUCACACAACCCGCUGCACAUUUCACACACAUUUCCCCUCAGCCUGUGAUUGUGCAGUCGUCUGGCAGCUUCCCACCGAUCAGCUUUUACCUCUAACUGCACAGAGGAGCCACCGUCAAUUGUAAAACGCCACACACCAGCAUAGGAAAUUAACUUUUGCGUGGAGAAACAUUUGAUCAGAUUUUUUAGGUGUUAACUGUUUAACUCACAACUGGAAUAAGAGCACUGUGUUCCCUCUGUUCAUCCUCCUUUUGUUGUUGUGUUUAAUAAUGGUUGCUGUAUGUUGUUGUUUUUUGUCGAUGCAGUGCUUUGUGUGCAGCUUCCAUUUCCUGCUGCAGGUCGCGUGUUGCCAACACAUUCUGCUGCUUCAGGCUGCGCACUCACUUAUUUUCUGAUCAACAAACACUCCCAUUGUUCUCAGAACACACUGCGAGAAUGUGUUAGAGUGGAUAUUAAGGUGGAUACGCCUUCUUGUAUCCGCUCCCAUGAAUCAUUCAUGGUUCACACAUCCGCUCUGACACCCGGGUGGGAACUGUGGGGGGGGGGAAUUAUUUUAUAAGUAGGAUUAUUUUAAAUUUCAGAGAUUGUUUACGUUUGGCAGAUUUAGUUUCCUUUACAACUCUUUAUGCUAAGCUAAGCGAACUGGCGCCAGCAUCAUAUCAAACUUACAGACGUAUGAAUGUUAUCAUCAAUCUUCCCAUCUAACUUUCUGCCAGCAAUUGAAUAAGCGUACAAUUAAAAAUGUCAAAGUAUUCGUUUAAUAUUUGAAAAUAUCUGCUGGAACUUAACAAUCAUUCUUUCAAAUUAAAAAUAUCCUUUUUUUGCCUCCGUCUCAGUUCACACUCAUGGGGUUUAUUGAUUAUUCAAAGUAAACGUGUGAACAGCCCUAAUUAUAUUUCUAAAAAUAUCAAACUAUUCCUUCAAAGGAGACAUAAUCUGCUCAUGUUCAUAAUUUUGAUGUCAUUACUUGAAAAGGUUUUCAUGCUCUAAUGUUCAGAAAACACAUCACGUUGCUCACAUUGCUGCAGCUCCUCUCUUCAGCCUCUGUCUCAAACAAUUCUCAAACACGCUCCUGUCUCUUUAAGGCCCCCCCCCCUCCUGAUAAAGCCCACUCUGCUCUGAUUGGUCAGCUGGCCCCCUCUGUGUGUGAUUGGUCAACUUUUAACAUUUUUAGACAAGUUUAUAUUCACUAAAAGCCUGAAAAAGCAUCAAAUGUCUCGUUUAACAUGUUUUGAAUUCUUGUUAAUCUCAGAUUUUGGCUGUUUUGUUUUCAUCCACACUUUGUACUGAUCAUUAAAUGAUCGAAUCUCACGCUCUGAGCUCUGAAGCUAGUUUCAGACUUUACUCUGUCCCUCGCUGUGUUGAUGCAAACGGUAAAAAAAACAAGAGAAAAAACAAUUGCAGCUCGUCCUUAGCUGCUUGGCAACCGAGGUGGUGGUGGAACGAGCUCCAUCUGUUUGCUCAUCGAACAAAACAAAGCAAAUUGAAGGUCGCUUCGCUUAAAACAGAGACUGUUAGUGGAACUUCUGGAACUCGAGGACUGUGGAAACGAUUUCACCGUUUUUCAAACGCUCUCGUUGCUUCGGCUCCUUUUCCUGCUGUGAUCACAGGUAAUUUGCCGACGGUAAUUUGCCGUUGGCGAGUUUUGAUUGUCUGACUCCAGGUCGAAACCUUUUCGGGUCCCGUUUGACUCGUUCCCUCCCGACUCUCCUACUUGUUGCCAUUUUUUGUUUCAAACGCCUCAAAUGCUUUUCUUGCAUCGAGAACUUUGUUCCAUUUUCUCCCGUGUGCAUGUCUUACUAUUAUCAUUUGUUGUGUCGUGAAGCACUUUCCUCUGUUUCUGGUCAAGUGUCCUUGUGAAACGUGUAACUUUGGGUGUGUUUGAGUUACAAAGAAUGUAAUAUAACACUGAGGUUGUUAUAAAGUAUCAGAUAAGUUGUUUUUUGCUAACACGGCUAACACGCUCCUUUUUUAUUGGUGGAAAAAUAACAUCCAAAAGCUGCAUGGAUCGUUGCAGGUGAUUGAAAUGUAUACGUUCUGUCGAAAUAAGUAGUGAUUAUAUGUAUUGUUCCGUCGUUUUGCCGUCUACAUUAGCUGAAAAUAGAUGUGACUGUUUUUUGUUUUUUUUACAGAUGUGGAUUCUGUCUCCUGUGUCUUUUAUUCACUGUGGGGAUUAAAGAGAACCUAAAAGCC